UGAGCGGCGCUAUGGCUGAUGAGAAGAAAGCGCAGCAAGCGUCCAAGAAGGGCGCGAAGAAAAUCAUCAAGAAGACGCCAGCGAAGGGCGGCAGAAAGAGGAAGCGGACCAGGAAAGAAAGUUACUCCAUCUACAUCUACAAAGUGAUGAAGCAGGUUCACCCCGACACCGGCAUCUCCUCCAAGGCCAUGAGCAUCAUGAACUCGUUCGUUAACGAUAUUUUCGAGCGUAUCGCGGGGGAGGCUUCCCGCCUGGCCCAUUACAACAAGCGCAGCACCAUCAGCUCCCGGGAGAUCCAGACCGCCGUGCGGCUGCUGCUACCCGGGGAGCUGGCCAAGCACGCCGUGUCGGAGGGCACAAAGGCGGUGACCAAGUACACCAGCUCCAAGUGAAGGACCGCACUGCACUGAAACACACACGUCCACAACCCAAAGGCUCUUUUAAGAGCCAUCCACAACUUCCUUGAGACAGCUGAAUCAAUUUUUUUUACGAUUUGAUUGUUUUGCUUCCAUGUAAUUCUGGACGAGGUAUUUUUAAUUUUAGUGCAAUAUGCAUUUGUUUUUGCAAGUACUUUGCGAAUUAGUGGGGUUUGGGUGCAGAAACCGGAUUAAGCGAGUCAUUUUUCAUCUUGUAUAUUCAUCCGUGGCAGACAAAAAAGUAAGUGACCACGUCUUUCAGUCCCACCUCCUGUUGUUGGAGAGACUUUCAAAGUGAACCGAGAGAACACCAACACUGCUACCGGACUGAAAUGUGGAGCUUUUGUUGAAUCUGAUUGAGAGCGAUAAGGGAGGACGACUUCUCUAUUGAUUCUGAGCCGGUAGACUGGUGUGUGCCGCUUUCUCCGCAUGUUGGUGUUCUAAAGAAAUGUGAAGUGAAAAGACAGGUUGCAGACUUCAGUGUUUCGCCCGUUUUGUUUCACUUCUUCGCAAGGUUUAGAAAAUAACCCACUUUCAAAAUCAGAAAUGG